AUGUCGAACGACCCCGCCGUUGCUCGAGAGCUCUCCCGGCUUGACCCGGCCGUCCCCUUUCGUGCAACUUCCCAGCAUCUACACUUUACAUGGGCAAAGACCUUUUACUCGCGACCGGAGCUCUAUAUCCAGCCGCAGAGCAUCGAGGAAAUCCAAAAGGCUGUGACGGUCGCGCGCCGCUGUCGACGGAGAUUGGUAACUGUCGGCAGUGGCCAUUCGCCAUCCGAUUUGACCUGUACCUCCGCUUGGCUGAUCAACCUUGACAAUUUCAAUCGCGUUUUGGACGUUUCGCAGGAAACCGGUCUGGUAACAGUGCAAGCAGGAAUUAGACUCCGAGAUCUUAGUCGCGAAUUGCAGAAGCACGGACUGUCUUUGCCCAAUCUCGGCAGUAUCGACAGUCAGUCGAUCGCGGGCGUGAUCGCAACCGGUACCCAUGGCAGUUCUUCUCGUCAUGGUCUACUUUCCGAAUGUAUUCGAGGUCUUUCAGUGACUCUUGCCAAUGGACAAACAGUGAGAUGCAGUGCGACGAACAAUCCGGAGCUGUUUCGCGCUGCGCUGGUAUCACUGGGCGCGCUUGGCAUUGUGACUGAAGUGACUCUGCAGACCGUGCCUGCCUUCCGCAUUAAUUGGGAGCAGUCACUUCAUCCCCUGUCGGAGCUUCUCGAUCGAUGGGAGGGCGACCUCUGGACAUCACACGAGUUUGUGCGCGCGUGGUGGCUUCCUUAUAUGGACCGUGCUAUCAUCUGGCACGCAAGCAAGACAGAUUUGCCAGUACAACCGCCGCCAAAGUCCUGGUAUGGUGGAUGGUUAGGCUUCCAUGUUUAUCACAACUUACUCGCCUUGUCCAAUUGGUUCCCCCGUUUCCUUCCAUGGGUGGAAUGGUUUGUGUUCGGGAUGCAAUAUGGAUUCAAGCCUGGUGCUGUGGUGACAAAGGCCGUGGAGCCAGCCCGAGAAGGUUUGCUUAUGGAUUGUCUUUACUCGCAAUUCGUGAAUGAGUGGGCAAUACCUUUGGAGAAAGGUCCCGAAGCGAUUACGCGUCUAUCAGCAUGGAUUCACGGUGAUGAGAAAACUGCGCGUAUCCCAUUCAGUCCCAAGGGUGUCUGGGUGCACUGUCCUGUAGAAGUCCGUGUAUCCGACACUACACUGUCCUCGACACCACGCCCUUAUCUCGACCCAACCUCUCGCGAGGGACCUACGCUAUACUUGAAUGCGACUCUUUAUCGCCCCUAUUUGCGGGAUCCCCCAUGCAGAGAACGCUAUUAUGAAGCAUUCGAAUGGCUCAUGCGCGACUUGGGCGGUCGUCCACAUUGGGCAAAGAACUUUACCACACUCGCCUCAGCUCAAGACUUGCGUGACAUGUAUGGAGACGACAUGGAUCAAUGGCUCAAAGUGCGACGAGAAGUCGAUCCAGAUGGCUUGUUUGUUGGGGAAUGGCAUCGGCGAAACUUGUUGUUGACAUCUGGCGACGAGACCGAGUCAGCGGAACUAGGUGACAGCCACCUGUCUCUAGGAGAACGACAGGAAACUGUACGCAAAUUCGGUCGUCGUGGAGCGGGAGAUGGUUUAGAGUGGAUUGGGGAUCGUCGUUGGGAGCGAGCAUCCCCCGUGUCCUUGCACAAGGGGACUAUUAUCACCGACUCGCCAAGUCCGCCUAUGACUUCCACGAGCGAAGAGAGUUUUGAUCUUUUGGCUCCUGGCGAAGCUAGCUUCUUCUACUACAAAGAUGGGUUAGGCGUUAUCUACGCGGAUUCUAUUUCUACUUGUGCCCUUCACUAG